AUGAAGCUUAACUCCGUGGCGUCCCUCGCGCCGUGCAGCUGGCCCGAGGUUGGGAACAUGCACCCGUUCGCCCCGCACAGCCAGACGCAGGGCUACCGCGAGAUGCUGGAGUCGCUUGAGCAGCAGCUCAACGAGUGCACGGGCUUCGACGCCACCUCCCUCCAGCCCACCAGCGGCGCCAGCGGCGAGUAUGCUGGCCUCCUCGUGAUCCGCAAGUACCUGGAGUCGAAGGGCGAGGGCCACCGGAACGUCUGCAUCAUCCCGCGCUCCGCUCACGGCACGAACCCAGCGUCGGCCGCCAUGUGCGAUAUGCAGAUCAAGUGGAUCGACGACUCGAAGGGCAUGGACCUGGCCGAGUUCAAGGCCCUCUGCGAGGAGCACAAGGACACCCUGGCUGCGCUGAUGGUUACCUACCCGUCCACCAGGGCGUUCUUCGAGGACGGCAUCCAGGAGAUCUGCCAGAUCGUGCACGACUGCGGCGGGCAGGUCUACAUGGACGGCGCCAACAUGAACGCCCAGCUGGGGCUGACCUCCCCAGGGAUGAUCGGGGCGGACGUCUGCCACCUCAACCUGCACAAGACCUUCAGCAUCCCCCACGGCGGUGGCGGCCCAGGCCUCGGCCCGAUCUGUGUCCGCAAGCACCUGGCGCCCCACCUCCCGAACCACUCCGUGGUGUCCCCGUCUUCCGGCGGCGACCUCAGCGCCGUGUCGGCGGCGCCCUGGGGCCAGGCAGGCAUCGCCUGCAUCCCCUGGAUGUUCAACACCAUGCUGGGCUCGAAGGGUGUCACGGACUCUGCGGUGUAUGCCAUCCUGAACGCGAACUACAUGAAGGCAAGGCUGGAGCCGCACUUCAACAUCGUGGCGACCAACUCCUUCAGCAAGUGCUCGCACGAGUUCAUCAUUGACUGCUCGAACCUGAAGAGGAAGAGCGGGGUUGUGGAGGAGGACAUCGCGAAGAGGCUGCAGGACUACGGCUUCCACGCUCCGACGAUGUCGUGGCCCGUGCCGCACUCCCUCAUGGUGGAGCCGACCGAGUCCGAGGACAAGGCCGAGUUGGAUCGCUUCUGCGACGCCAUGAUCUCCAUCAGGGAGGAGAUCAGGAAGAUCGAGGACGGCACGUGGCCCAUGGAUGACAAUCCGCUGAAGAACGCUCCCCACACGCAGGGCGAGGUCGUGAACAACGAGUGGACGCACCCCUACACUCGGGAGGAGGCGGCCUUCCCGAUCAAGUGGAUCCUCGAGCGCGGCAAAUUCUGGCCUUCCGUGGCACGCGUGGACAACUCCCUCGGCGACAGGAGAAAGCGGCAAGACCAGGCAUUGGAAUUCGCUCAGGUGUGGACGGUGACACAAUCAUGGAUCGGCAACAGCUUGCACUCGAACUCAUUGUACACUUUGCAGGAAUUGAAAAAUGUGACAUCAUUACAGACGAGCAUUUCAUGGAACGCUACAAUACAUUUGAAUGGUCUGAACAUGCUGCGCGAGCGAUCUAAUGACAUGGUCAUGACAGUCCGUGAGUUAGUACACAUGAUCAAAUGCUCCCAAACCGGCAAGGCCCCAGGACCAGAUUACGCAAAUAUGGAUUUAUUGAGAGCAGCCCCAGAGCACCUUGUUGACCUGCUCCUGCCACUCUACACGAAGACCAAGGCGGCCCCGAUCAUUAACUUCAGGAGCAUCAUGCUUGGCGCGCUCAUAACCAAGAUGCACCACACGUUUCUCCGCACCCGUAUCAUAGAAGCGUCUAAUAUGUUGAUCAACCAGUUCCAAAUGGGAGGGUUGGCAUUGAAAGGUACAGACACAGCUUCCUUGAUAGUGACGUCAACCGCUGCUGCAGCGAGGCAGAGAGGUCACACCAUGCUCAUGCUUUUCGCAAACCUCAAAUCAGCCUUCUAUUCUGUUUUGAAGGGCUUUCUUUCAAGGCACGCUCAGAGCACGGGCCAAUUGGAGCCGGCGCUGGACGCCAUGGACAUCCCGUUGGCAUUGCAGCCGCUUUGUGACAGUUUGAUGGCGGCUCCUGCACUCCUCCGCCUGGUCGGCAACCCGCACCUGCUCGUUAGUACAGUUCAUGCACUUAACAGCACAUGGUUCCAGGCACUGGCCUCCGGCAGGGUGGGCGACGCGGUCGCCGGGGCGCACGGCCUCAUCGAGGGGCCAGCCUCCGACCCGCUCGGCUGGGUCUUCUUCCUGCCAGAGGUGCUACAGGCGGCCCUGGCGGAGAAUGACCAGGGCGCUGUCUCCUCGCUGCUGAGCUCCGCGCUGGGGAGGUGCCGCGAGGGCGGCGGGAUGCCCCCCCUGCUGUGGGAGGCGCUGCUGGACGAGGCGAGCUACGCCAUGCGGCACUACCACUGCGCGCAGACCGCCCUGGAGAUGCUCGCGGGCGUCCCCCUCGUCGAGUCCUCGCUGCCCGGCCCUCCAGAGGCCGAGUACUUCCAGCGCUUCCGGCACCUGAUGGCGCUGGAGCGGCACGGAGGGCUGCUGCACGGCAUCUCGCAGUACGAGGUUGACACGGAGGUCUCCGCCAGCAUCCCCGUCGCAGAGGUGCACAGGCUGCAGUCCACCCAGGUCACGCUGACUUCCACGCCGCAGCUCGGCGCGUUGGAGCUGAUGCAGGGCAACAGGCCCCUGAAGGAAAGCGACAUCGUGCUGUUCGUGCCCAACGAGGCGAGACAGUUCCGUCUCUGGCGCACGCUCUCGUUGCUUGAUGUCCGUGACGGCAUGUCCACUUGCACGCCUCAGACCUUGCCGUCCUGCUGCCGCUUCUGCUACUGCCCCUGA